AUGCAUCCUUGGCUCGUGGAUUCGGGUGCCAAUGCCCAUGUUGCCCAUGAUUUGGGGCAACUUACCAAUCCUCGUGAUUAUCAUGGAGGAGAUCGUGUUAACGGCGUACUUGGAGGAACAUAUUUGGAAAUAGCCAAAGUGGGGACUUCUUUGGGACCGAGUAAGAAUGGUCUCUACGGUCUCUACCCGAUUGGUUCAUCUAAACACAAACAUGGUGCUCUAGUAGUCUUGCUUGGUGUUCGCGUCAAUGGUGCUCUUUGGCACUCCCGGCUUGGUCAUUUGUCGUCUUUUAUUUUUCAGCAUUUAGUGUCCUAA